AUGUCCGCUGAUCAUCACAGUUACCAAACCGGCCCAACCUUACCACCACUGCGCCCCUCCUCCUUUCCGUCUAGUCAUCCAGUGGCAAGACAGUAUCCAAAAAAAUCAUUAUCCCACUCAUCGAAACGUCCCGCUCAAUCUGCUUCUCCUAUCCCUCAGUCCAACCAAACAUCUUCACCCACCUCAGUUCAUACUUUCAAUCGAGCAAAUCAUCACAACUCUUAUAAUCCCUAUCAACACCCAACGGUUUAUCCCAGUCGAGACGAGCACCAAGACAAACACUCCAAUUCAGAAAUGGUACAACCUUCAGUCAAUCAACGGAAUAACUGUUCACCAAUUUUGAGUGACCCGGGCAAUGUCAACACUAAAAGAGGCUCGCACGCUCAUCUGAUCAUCCCAGAAGUGUCUAAUUCCAAUUCCCGCGAUCACAAAUUGAAGCGCAAGGCCAGUCGGGCCGAGCUAGACCAUCCGCAAGCAUGUGGAGGAGACAAAUUAUUCCAAUCAAAAGUGGCUCCUUGCUUGCCAGCUAGUCAUAGCAAAUCAAGACAUGAGCACCCAAAGUCACAUUCCCAAGUGUACGGAUUUUUUACUUUUUUCUCCCCAUUUUCAUCCUUCAUUCUACCUACAGAAUCAUCAUUUACAUGUGGUACUUUGUACACUCACAUCUUUGCCUUUUACCCUUGCUUCUGA